CUCCGAAUCAUCUGAGCUCUUUAAAGAGCAAAGUACAACUGUAGAGCAAAGCAACUCUACAGGGCAAACUGAAGACAGGACUUUUUUCUGGUCAAUUUUCAGAUUCGGGAGCAAGAAUGUCCCAAACAGUCUUACCCGUGAACUCUUCAACACUUGUCAUCCAGAUUCAACAACCUACACAAGCAACACCAGCCGGGGCAGUGACAAAUGUUUCUGUGCCUGUUUAUGAACAGGUACUGAGAGUUUCACCUCUCCAUGGACUUCAGGCAUUUCUGGAAGGGCAGCCAAAAGCCCUUGGGACUGUCCAGAUAAUGAUUGGUCUGUUGACAUUCCUUUUUGGGAUCGUGUUGGCACUUCGUGCAGAAUCCAUCACAGUCUUUAGUGGUGUUCCUUACUGGGGAUCGAUCAUCUACAUUAUCGCAGGCUCACUCUGCAUUGCGGCUGAAAACAAACAUAAUUUACCCUCCGGUUUGCGAUUGGUAAAAGGUUCACUUGGAAUGAACAUUCUCAGUGUUUUAACUGCUGGUUCUGCUAUCGUUAUAAUUCCAAUCGAUUUGGCUCAAGGACCAAUGGACAGUAACUGCCACCAUUCUCAUUGUCAUGAGGAUGAGGAAAAGUAUAGGACCCUCUUCGGGGGAAUCGGUACUGUAUUGCUGAUAUUCGCCUUGCUUGAGUUUAUCAUCUCCAUCUAUGUGUCAGCAUAUGCUUGCAAAGUUGCCUGCUGCUGUUGUCCACGGGUGCCGCAUGUUCCUCAAGUUUCACCUCCACAGCCCUGUGAUUUCCAUAAUCCUAAGACCUCAGAGGUGUCUGUGGUCAGCAACCAUUACGUGCAUCACCAUACUGCAGACAGUCCUCCACAAUAUAGUGAAUCUCAAUAAAUAUGAACAGUAAAAAAGGGGGGCAGAAAUGUGAUCCUGUAGUUGAAGCUUUCGUGGGACACAGGAGUUUCCCAAUCAUUUCCUGUCCCUUACCGCUAAAGACCUGUCAAAAGGACAUGAAAUCGAAGUAGAUAUCACUUAAAGAGAUAAUAAUUGCAUUUUUUAUUAAGUAACAUAUGUA